AUGUCGCCCGCGCGUCCGUCGUCGCCGCUCGAGACAUCGAUGAUGCGCACCCCCGAGCGCGUCGCGCGCGCAGAGGACGUCCACGGCGACGCGGGAGAGACGACGCCGGUGAUGCCAUCGUCGUCGACAUCAUCAUCCAUCGCAUCGACGCCGAGCGACGAUGGCGACGAUCGCUCGCCGACGACGGUCGAGGCCACCGUGCGCGCGAUGGACGGUUUAUGUCUGCGCGACGCCACGAACGCGGGCGCGCGUCGGGGACCGUCGUUCAAGAGGUGCGACGACGCGCGCGCGGAUGAGACGGGCGCGCGACUCACCGCGCGCGCGAAUCGCGCCUCGGCUAGGUUCCACAGUCCCACGGACGCGACGCUGAGCCCGGCGUCGAAGUUUGUGGCGCGAAAGGCGCAUCACGCGGCGCCGAUGUCGAUCGCGGAUAAACUGCGCGCGGCGAGUGCGGGUGAGACGGCGCGCGACGGCGCGCGCUCGCGCUUCGCGCCGGGCGGGUGA